AUGUCUUUUCGGUUUUCCGGGGGAUCCAGGCUCUGCUCUCGAGCUGGGUCUGUCAGGCUGUCCCGGGGAGGGGCAGGCUUCGCGGCUGGGAAUGUGAGAGUCGGGCCUGGAGCAGAAAGCAGCUUUUCCUGCACCCUUGGGGGCAUCUCCUCCGGAGGAAGCUUUGGCAGCGGCCAUGAGGGCUCGGGUAGGGGAACUAGCAUGGGUUUCCUUAGCAACGAGCCUGGGCUCCUCUCUGGAAAUGAGAAGGUGACCAUGCAGAACCUCAACGAGCGCCUGGCAUUGUACCUGAACCACGUGGGUGCCCUGGAGGAGGCCAACACAGUCCUGGAGAAGAAGAUCGAAGGCUGGUAUGAGAGAUGCGGGCCUGGCAGUGGCCGUGGACUUGACCAUGACUACAGCAGGUAUUUCUCAGUCAUCGAGGACUUGAAACAACAGAUCGUUUCUGUGACCACCUGCAAUGCCAACCUUAUUCUUCAAAACGACAAUGCCAGGCUCACAGCGGAUGACUUCAGGAUGAAGUACGAAAAUGAGCUUGCCCUGCGCCAGAGUGCUGAGGCCGACACCAACGGUCUUCGCAGAGUGUUGGAAGAGCUCACACUCGCCACGACCGACCUGGAAAUACAACGCGAGGCUCUGAGCGAGGAACUGACAUACCUCCAGAAGAACCAUGAGGAGGAAAUGGAAGUCCUGCAAAACGCAGCAGGGGGAAACAUCAAUGUGGAGAUGAACGCGGCCCCCGGGGUGGACCUGACCGCCCUGCUAAACAACAUGAGGGCCGAAUAUGAAGAUCUGGCCGAGCAGAACCGAAAAGAUGCAGAGGCCUGCUUUCAAGAGAAGAGCGCAGCUCUGCAGCAACAGAUUUCAGACGAUGCGGGAGCAGCCACGGCGGCCAGGAACGAGCUGGUGGAACUGAAACGCAGCCUGCAGACUCUGGAGAUAGAGCUUCAAUCCCUCGCGGCGAUGAAACAGUCCUACGAGAGUUCGCUGGCCGAGACGGAAGGGAAUUACUACGCUCAGCUGCAGCACAUCCAGGAGCAGAUCGUGGCCCGGGAGGAGCAGCUGCAGCAGAUCCGCUCGGACACAGAGGGCCAGAAGCUGGAGCACGAGCGGCUGCUGGGCAUCAAGACACAUCUGGAGAAGGAGAUUGACACAUACUGCGCCCUGCUGGACAGAGAGGAGCAAAGAGGUGAAUCCACAUCUUACAAACCAAAGGACAGCAAGCCAGUAAAUGAAGCCAAUGAGCCAACGGAAGAAACGCUUGUCCGGACGAUGGUUGAGGACCUAGACCAGCUUGGCAGCCUCCUCUCCCUGCGAGUGCACUCGGUAGAGGAGAAAUCCUCAAAGAUCAGCAAUAUCACCAUGGAGCAGCGGGUGCCUUUCAAAGCCCCGUGAUGACGGAAAGGUUGUUCAUCAAACACAACGCUGCCUCAGAAGAUCCCACUGGCCAAGUAACCCAAGAGAACUAGCCAUGCCUGUCCCUAAGAGUCAAAGGACUAGACUCUGGCUUCCUUUUCUUUCUCUUUCUCAUGCAGUCAUGAGCAACCCCGGUGGAGGCACCAGAACCCUUGGCUUUGGCAGAGAAAAAAAAUUCCAUGGGCAGCCAAGGUGAAGCAGAGUUGGAGAUUUCCUAAAAGGCAUUUUUUUUUUUUAACCUCGCUCCGAAGCACACGGGUCGAUAGAGAGUUGUUCGGGGCAAGGGGUGUGUGUGAUGUACCUGGAUGCCAGUGUGGACUCCUCUAGGGAGAGUCAGACUUCGGUGUCUUUAUCAAAGGCAUACAUAGGAUUUUUGGUGCCUCUCAAUUUAUAUCUCUAAAGGUCACAAGAAAUGCCCCCUCUCGUUUCUUUAACACUGCUCGAGGGGUGCAGCUUAUAACAAGGUUAAAACUUUACAAAAGAAAUCCCUUCGGGAAACAAGGCUGGCAGAUGGAUGGAUGGGGGUGUUGUUUAGAUUUGGGAGUGAGGAGACGGUGUUGGAAACUCAGGGUGAUGCAUCAUGAUGGUCCUCAGUAAGUAGGAUUUGGUUUGACAGGUGUCUUUGGAGAAAGUUGUGUACUGUGUCUCAGGCCAUUUGGGCUUCGUCAGGGAUUUCUAAAGUUUCUGGACUUCUCAGGAGAGUUGGGUCAGAGUCUGGGAUGAAAGGCGUAGUUUUUUUUCAACCUUUUCUUCCCGUGUCACCAUAAUGUUCCUAUAUGUCUACCCUGCCCCAGUGCUCUGGUAAGCCUUUACAGGAAAUGGGACCAUCUUGGUAACUUGUUUUUAUCUUGUGAACCUUUAGCCAUUUCAUAAGGAGCUCUUCUGUUGCAAAUUAUUUUUAAAUCUCUGCUUCCUUUCAACUACCACAGCUGAUCCCCACAGGACUAUGGCAAGGACGCAAUAAAAAAACA